UUAAAAAAAAAAAAAAUGACCAUCGUCAGAUUCGGCGAACUAUCGGUGCCUUUUCUCCUGGCCGUUUUUUUGAACGCGUUAACAAACUAAACCAUGCAGCGGACGGGCCCGCACACGGAGACGGGAGGAAGCCGGCGGUAGGUGGCGUGUCCCCGGACAGUUCGCGUCGCUCUGCGCGGCCGUGCGAGGCAGAUGGGAGCCGUGCGCCCGUCUCGGUACAUUUGGGGAGGCUAAAGGCGGAAGAGCCGCUGCGUUAUCCACACACCGUAAGAGAUGCUACGAGGCUAGCCAGCUAUUUGUUGCAGGAUGCAGGUGAAGCCCCGCGGCUCCGGCAGGAAUUAAGGAUCAAAUAAAGAAAAACUCAUCGUACUUUAUGGAGCCACAACAACCUUUAAACAAGUUGAAUUGAGACCGCUUUGAUACUCAGCUACACGCCGCGCUCAGAGACCCGCAGGAUGGCGAGCAGGAGGAAGUCCACCACGCCCUGCAUGGUCCCCCCGCGGGAAACCAUAGACUCAGACCAGGAGAUGGAGGACGUGGCCGACAUGGCGGAGGACGAGGCCAGCAACGGGGCGGCGAGCGUCUCGGCCGAAGCCCCGGGUCUCUCCGAGGAGCGCGGCGAGGACGCGGACGCCCGGCCGGUCUCGGACCACUACAUGGACUCCAACCUGGCGGAGGGAGGCUACGAGUGCAAAUACUGCAGCUUCCAGACGGCCGAGCUCAACCAGUUCACGGUGCACGUGGACACGGAGCACCCCGACAUCGUCCUCAACUCCUCCUACGUCUGCAUGGAGUGUGACUUCCACACCAAGAGGUAUGACGCCCUGCUGGAGCACAACGCUCGCCACCACCCGGGCGAGGAUAACUUCACACGGACGAUGGUGAAGCGAAACAACCAGACCAUCUUCCAGCAGACGGUCAACGACCUCACCUUUGACGGCAGCUUCGUCAAAAUGGAGGACGAAGAGGCCGAGGACACGUCGCGCAAGGGCAUCGCCCUGAGCAAGACGCCCAUCAUGAGGAUCAAGAGCAAAGCCGAGCCCAAGAAGUUCGCCGGCUCGCACAAACUGACCGCCGCCGCCUCGGCCGACGACGUCAUCAAGGUGGAGAGCGACGACGAGGACGACGACAACACGGAGCCGCCAACGCUGUCGCCCGCGCCCGUCCACGCCGCCGCCGCCGCCACGCCGCGGCUGGUGGCCGUCUCCACCCCGACGCAGAUCUCGGUGCAGCCCGUCCAGCAGAGCAUCGUGGUCAACAGCCCCAACGUGCUGCAGAUCAAGAGCGGCUCCAACGCGGGCGGCGCCGCCGUGCUGCCGCCGGGGACGCUGGCCCAGGUCCUGUCGGCGCUGCAGAACCAGCAGAACAGCCCGCAGACGCAGACGCAGCUCCUCAUCCCCGUCAGCAGCAUCCCCACCUACAACACCGCCAUGGACAACAACGUCCUGCUGGUCAGCGCCUACAACAGGUUCCCGUACCCCUCGGUGUCGGAGAUCAUGGGCUUGUCGUCGCAGACCAAGUUCAGCGAGGAGCAGAUCAAAGUCUGGUUUUCUGCUCAGAGGCUGAAGCACGGAGUCAGCUGGACGCCCGAGGAGGUGGAAGAGGCGAGGAGGAAGAAGUUUAACGGCACGGUGCAGACCGUCCCCCAGACCAUUACCGUCAUCCCUGCCAACAUCGCCGCCGCCACCAACGGCCUGCAGUCCAUCUUCCAGACCUGCCAGAUCGUCAGCCAGCCGGGCCUCGUCCUCACCCAGGUCGCCGGGAACGGCGGCACCGUGCCGGUCGCCUCGCCCAUCACGCUCACGGUGGCCGGCGUGCCGAGCAGCCAGCCCAAAGCGGCCGAACCGUCGGCGUCUGAAUCAAAGAGCCAGAUGUCGGCGUCCUCGACCAGCAACCCGCUCAGCCCCGACGCUCUGGGCACCAAACCCAAGAAGUCCAAGGAGCAGCUGGCGGAGCUGAAGGCGAGCUACAGCCGGAGGCAGUUCGCCACGGAGGCGGAGAUAUCGCGGCUGAUGCGGGUCACCAACCUCACCAAACGAGCAAUAAAGAAGUGGUUCAGCGACACGCGCUACAACCAGAGGAACUCCAAGGAUCACCACGGAGUCGUGCUGAGCGAGGCGCUGCCCGCCGGAGCGGUGCCGUCGGGGGGCGCCGGAGGGAAGAACAGCAGCAGCAACUGCAGCAACAGCAGCAGCAGCAGCAGCGGCAACAACAACACGACCAUCAUCAUCGACUCCAGUGACGACGCCAGCGACUCGUCCCCGACGUCGGCCAACGCCCCGGGGUCGGCGUCCUCCUCCAGCGACCCGCGGGUCAAAUUCCGCCACGCCUUCCCCGACUUCACGCCGCAGAAGUUCAAGGAAAAGACUCCGGAGCAGCUGCUCGUCCUGGAGGCCAGCUUCCAGAAAUCCGACACGCCCUCGGACGAGGAGCUGAGCCGGCUGCGGGCGGAGACCAAGCUGACGCGGCGGGAGGUGGACGCCUGGUUCACCGAGAGGCGGAAACUGCCUCCGGCCGCAGACCCUAAAGACGGCGACGCCGAGGGGGAGGCGGACAAGGCAAAAGCAGCCGCCACGCCUUCCUCGUCGACGCAGGAGCGGCAGACCACGCCCCCUUCCAGCAGGAAGAUGUUGAAGAAGACGCCGGAACAGCUCCACAUUCUGAAGAUGGCCUUCGUGCGCACGCAGUGGCCCACGUCCGAGGAGUACGACAAGAUGGCGGAGGAGAGCGGCCUGCCGCGCAGCUACAUCGUCAACUGGUUCGGAGACACUCGCUACGCCUGCAAGAACAGCAACCUGAAGUGGUACUACCUCUACCAGAGCGGAAAGGUGGACGAGGCGCUGAACGGCGGAGCCAAGAGCCAGAAGAAGUCGAGGAAGCGUUUCCGUGGCUGGUCCAGGAGGACGCGCCGGCCCUACCCCUGCAGGCGCUCGCCACAGGGGGGCGCCGCCGCCGUGAAGGUGAAGACGGGCAAGGAGUUCCUGAAGGAGCACUACCUCAAGCACAGAGCCUUGAGCGAGAAGGACCUGGACGAGCUGGUGGCCAAGUCCAGCAUGAGCUACGAGCAGGUGAGGGACUGGUUCGCCGAGACCGCCAGGAGGGUGGAGGAGGGCCGCGAGCCGUUCAGCGACGAGGAGGCCGAAGGAGACGAGGAGGACGAGGAGGCCGAGGAGGCGGAGGCGGAGCACGCGGACAGCGAGGGCGAGAUGGAGGUGAAAGAGCAGGGCGAGGAGGCGACCGACGACGACCACAUCGAGGAAGAGGAGGAGGAGGAGGAAGAGGAGGAGGAGGAGAAGGUCGACGACGAGGUGGAGGAGGAGGAAGAGGUGAUAGAGGAGGAGCCUCAAGGUGACGGCCAAUCACAGCCUCAGGCAGAGGAGCAGACAUGAGCAGCUAGAGUUUAAAUCGUUGCUUCCCCCACCGUGGAGAGGACAUGAAGGACAAAGUAUGUCAGUGUUUCUCAGCUGGCGGGUCGGGACCCAGAGGCGGGUCGCCGCAGGCUCCGUCAGGGCCGCCGCCGGACAGCCGGACGGUUCAGACCGCGUCACGCCGUGAUGGCACCGCGUGUCGGGGUCGCGACCUCUGGGUCCUGACGCAGUUUGAGAACCACUGGUAUAUGGAGACAGAGAGGGAAAAAAAAAAAAAAACGACAAAGAAACAGGAUUUUGUUUUUGUUUGUUUGUUUGUUUGUUUUUGGCUAAACUGUGGGGACCAACCAGAGACAACAGACUGAAACGCAGGACGACGACGACGCCUUUCGCCAAACAGCAUCAGCACGGGAGAGUCAGUGAUGUAAGUUCCAGCUCCGCUCCUGUUAAAAAAAAACAAAAAAAAAAACAAAAAGAAAAAAAGAACGCUUUUUGGUGAAAACAACAGGGCUUUUAUUUCGGCCUUUUGCGUUUUUCUUACAGAAUUGAUGUUUUACGGUAAACCUUGACACUUUGUACAAAGAAAAAAACAAAAAAACAACCCAGUACAUUUCUAAGAGGUGAGACCUCGCAGCGUUUUUCUCGUAGGUUCAACAACUUUUUCAAAACGACGGACGAACCAUCUGUCCUUUUCCCUCGAGGGGAUCUGAUCCAAACCCAAACCGACUGUCGAAAGCAUUUUGGUUUCAGAGAAAUGGUUUUAAAAACUACCCUGUUUUUUUUUUUUUUUUGUUUGGGAGGGGUUUGUUUUGUGAAUAGACUACUUUAAGUCAGUGCCAUUCUGUUUAUAGGAUUUUGUUUUUAAAUCACAAAAAGAAAAAAUCAGUGCUGGAGAAAAUCCAGUUCAGCGUUUUUACCUUAGGUUUUUUUUUUUUUUUUUCCUCAAGUGAUUUGUUAAGUCCCGACAAAAUAUAAAGGGGACUAAAGUCAUUGUACUAUUUCGCUAUUAUUGGUUGUUUGACAUGGUGAUGAUUUCUAUGUUUGCAGGCGUUUGGGUCCAUUCAGUUUCAACAACAUCAGUUCAGUGUGUGACUUCACCUGUAAACCGACAUUUACAGAAAAAAAUAUAACAAACAGUCCGACCGCUCAGCCACCCAGUCACAACAGCACACAAGUUUUUUUUUUAACCAUAUCGAGUAUUUCUAAUUAUGGCUCACACCACCUGAAGUUUAAAUGGGAGUUAAUGGAGACAAUUUGAUAAAAACAGCAGAAUGCCUCCACUGCUUGAAGGAAAAAUCCACCUUAAAAACAGUAAAACACUGUUAAGAGACGGCUGCCAGUGUUUUACAUUCAUGGGUCCAUUUUGUUCUCCGGGCAUUAUGGGAAACGAAGGAAAUCGUGUCGAGGCAGACGAGGCUGAGGUGAAGCGACUUUUAAUAAUUUAAUGUCACAUCGGGAGACUCCAGUGCUGGAAAAAACGAGUUGCCGGGGCCGUUGAGUGAAAUUAGGGAUGCGACUAAUGAUUUUCAUCGUUGAUUGAUCACAUUUUCAAUUUGUGGAUUGAUUGUUUGGUGUUUAACGUGUGAAAAACAGUCCAACGUGAUGUCAUCAAAUGUCUUCCUCAGUCUGACCAGCAGCCAAAAAAAAAACCAAAAUAUUAGUUUUACAAAGAUAUGAAUAGAGAGAAAAUAGACCGACUGAAUCUGGUGUUUUUUACGUGAUAAAUAAACUAAUCGAUCUGAUAAUUUCAGUAUAAACGUGUCACCGUAUCCAGGGGAGGACUUUUCCUUAAAGUGCCAGUUCACCUGUUUUGAAAAGUGUCAUGUUUUUUCCCCGGGCCUCCCAGCUCUUACUGGGACGGUAGUGGUGCUGCUGUCCUCUUGUCUCUGGUCCUGAGGGCUGGAUCCUGGCUGGGAGCUCCACAUGCUAACCGUUAGCCUCCCGCCAUUGAGAUGAACUUCCCCCCGGCUAACAUUGUUACAACUAACCGCCUUAAUCCACUCAAAGGAGGUUUAACUUUAACUUUACAGGUGUUACUUUCCAAAAGCAAAACAGCCAAGUGCUCACGGCUCAUAUUUUUACUUAAAUGACUGUUUAAAAUUAUUUUUUCUUGUUAUCAACAUCCACAAAGAUCCGGUAACUUCUGCACUUUCGGUAUCACUCCGCGCCAGAGGAGCCGCAGCAGAGACAGGAGCAGAUUGUUUACUGUAGUUUUUUGUUGUUGUUGUUGUUUUCCUCCAAACACAUGAACACAUGUUGGAGGGCAGAAAUAACAACUUUAAGUACUAAAAGAUAUCUGACUUUCCUCUUUUCCUCCACUUGCUUCUGUCGCAUGAAAUCUGUUUUCAUUUUUUUUUUCCAAAAUUCUGUUUUGUUUUGAUUUUUCUGAAUUCUGUGUUUUUUUUUUUAAAUUCAAGGACAUUUGGUCAUCAGAAGGUGUCUAAUCAUGUGGAUGAAUAGUUUCAACAAUUCAGUAAGAAAAUAAUAACAUUACACUUCUGUUAAUCUAAGAAAGCGCUGUCAUAAAUGUGUCCAUGUGGCUGCGCUGCUGAAAGUGAUCAUUUCUUCUUGCCAACACGCUGCCGCUCUCGGUUUUUAAUGUCAGAUUUGGAUCGUAGGUGGUUCCUCAGGUUCAUGGUUCAUUCGGCGUAGGGCGCUGGGGAAAAAAAAAAUCUGAUAAUGGUCGAGAAAACCCUGAUUUUUAUAAAUUGCAUCCACGUUUUGGCAAAUUCCCUAACAUUCCAGCUUUUGCAGUUGAUGCCAUGAUGAUUUCAUGAUUCCCGUGUUUUCUGCAUCGCGGGAAUCAGGAACCUUUAAGGCACCUGCCAGCCACCGUAGAGUCUGAGGAGCAGAACAGGGAACUGAGUCCCCCCAAGAAAAUAGUUCCUCUGUUGAUUUUUUUUUUCCUUCCGAAAAAUAGUCAACUUUUUUUUUUUUUUUUUUUUUUUUAAAUCAUUUCGGUCUGCAAAAACUCUGCUACACAUCAUCAAACUGAGACUUUGUUUAUGUAACAGUUUCAGAGGAUUAAAGCGGCCAUUUUUAAGAAUGUUAGCCGGGGGGAAGGAGGUCAGCAUUUAGCAUUUGGAGGAUCCAGUCAGGACCCAGCGCUCUGUGACGAUGAGGAGGAGGAAGAUAGCACCACUACUGUCCUACAUCACAACACGAGGAGGGGGAAAUAAUAUUUUUUUCAAAAUGUGCGAACUUUCCCUUUAACUUCCAGUCUUGCAAAAAAAAAAAAAAAAAAAAAAAAAAAGACUAAGUGAACGCUGACCGUGUUGUUGUGACUGGGUGACCGUCGAUGGACUGGAGAGGGAGUCGAACCCCAAACCCUGUGUUUUAUGUCCUUUCCAAAUAAAAAAAAAAAAAAUACACAAAAAAACAAACAAAAAAAAA